CUCGACUAUCAAAGUGGGAUGUGGAAGAAGAGGAGCCAGAAAGAAGUUCCAACGAUUUGAAUUAUUCGACGAGCUGGAUACUGGUAUUUGAAGAGGGAUAAUCAUCAUGUCGCGACCUACGGCGAGGAAGCCGGCGCCGAAGGGGGAGUACAUUGAGACGGACUCAGGCAACAAAGUCAGCCGCCGCUCCGCCAUCACAGGCACCGCCAACAUAACGCUGGGCGGCCGCACAGUAAUCAUGGCCGACGUGCACCUCCGGGGCGACCUGCACCCAACGCGCAGCGUGCCCUCGUCGUCGGGCAAGGAAGUCACACCGACAUCCAUCUCUAUAGGGCGAUGUACGGUCGUCAGCACGGGCAGCGUCAUCAAGCCCCCGUCCAGGAUCAGUCGCGGGCAGGUGCAUUAUUAUCCUAUGAAGAUUGGGGAUAAUGUGUUUAUUGGUCCUAAUUCGACAAUCUCGGCAAUAUCAAUAAGUUCGCAUGUCCAUGUCGGCGCGAACACGGUCAUCCAUCCCUUCGCCAUCAUCAAGGAGAACGUCAAGAUCUUGCCCAACAGCGUCGUGCCAGCGCAGAUGGUCAUUCCGUCGGGAUCUGUAGUGGGCGGCCGGCCUGCAAAGGUCAUAGGGGAGGUCGGCGAGGGUUGGGGUGUCAGUGGUGGCGGGGCAGGAGGGGGUCUCGGUGUCGGUGGAGGAGGAGAGAAGAGUUGGGUCGAGGGAGGCGAUUUGAGGGAGCUGGUUAGGAGUAUCAAGUAGCGAGCAACAGGCGAGCGCAGCAUUGUCAUUGCGAUUGGGGGUGACACGGGGACAUGUUUGCAUGGGAUGAUGAAGAAUCAGUUUUUCACUGUUGGCGAUUAUGUUUUCGAGAACUAUUAUGAUAUCCAUGCAUAGAAUUAAUCUAUUUCGUAAUUGUACAUC